AUGGUACAAGAGCUUGCUUUUGAGCACGCGAUUACGCCGGCGCUUCGUCUCGCUGGAAGCGAUGACGCAAUCCAUACCAUCGACGAGCUGAUCAAGCGACGAGCAUCAGAACUCGGAGAUUCUCCCCUACUUUGCUUUCCGAGAGAAGGUCUCACCGACUACGAAGACCAUUCAGCACGGGCGGUUGACAGUUAUGUUGAUGCGGCAGUUGACGCGUUACAACGGAGAGGGCUGAAGCCAGCGGAUUCGUUACUUGCUCAGGCACCAACCAUCGCAAUACUCGCUCCUUCUUCUCUGCAGUUCAUCAUCACUCUCCUUGGUUUGAACAGGCUAGGCUAUGCCGCCCUUCUUCUAUCCCCGCGGCUCGCCAGUCCAGCAAUAUGUUCAUUGCUUGAACAAGCCGAAUGCGACACUAUACUCACAACUGCCCAAUUCCACGAUGCUUUGGUACAAGUGCGCAAUGAGAGGAGCAUCACUGUGCUCGAGACGCUCGAGCACCACGAUUACUACAAGGUGGAUGCACCAGUGUUCCAUCGCACAUACGACCCAGAACGCGAGAACCCCAAGAGAGCUGUCAUCAUUCAUUCAUCGGGAUCGACAGGCCUACCAAAACCCAUCUAUCUCACUCACAGAAGCUGCAUCGCGACGUUCGCGCUGAACCUCGAUCGGAAAGCUUUGAUGACGCAGCCGCUAUUCCACAGCUUCGGUUUUUACGAAACCUUCCGAUCAAUCUACUCCGGAAAGCCCAUGUACUACGUCAACUACAACUACCCAAUCACGAAGCAGAACCUCCUAGCCACGAUUGAGCAUGUAAAGCCGGAUCUCUUAUUCUGUGUACCCUAUGUUCUGAAACUUCUCGCAGAUUCAGAUCAAGGACUCAAAGCGCUAGCCGACAUUGACCUGAUCAUGUAUGGAGGCAGUGCUUGUCCUGACGACUUGGGUGACAAGCUGGUGAAGCACGGCGUCAACGUCUGCGCAAACUAUGGCGCGACCGAAACCGGACGCGUCAUGACAUCUGUCCGACCACCAGGUGACAAUGCUUGGAACUACCUUCGCAUACUGCCCCAAGUCCAACAGUAUCUCUUGAUGGACGAGGUCGCCCCAAACAUAUUCGAGUGCGUCGCUCUCGAUGGUCUCAAGUCGAAGAGCACCAUAAACUCAGACGACCCGCCUAACUCGUUCCGCACCCGAGAUCUCUUUGCGAAACACCCUACAAAGCCUAAUCACUGGAAGUACGUCUCACGUCUGGACGACCGCUUGACAUUGGUCAACGGGGAGAAGGUACUUCCAAUUCCAAUCGAAGGCCGGAUACGUCAAGAAGCGCUUGUCCAAGAAGCCAUCGUUUUCGGAGACGGCAAGACAGUUCCAGGUAUCUUGAUCAUCAAGGCCGACGCAGCGGCCGACAUGAACGACGAGGAGUUCCUGCAGCACAUCUGGCCUGCUGUCGAGGACGCGAACUCUCGCGCAGAAAGCUUCUCUCGCAUUCCGCGAGAUCUUAUCGUCGUGCUGCCGUCUGGAACAAAGUACGCGACCACAGACAAGAGCACUUUCAUCCGCGCCCAGGUUUACGAGCAGUUCAAGCAGCAGAUCCAAGACGCAUACGAGAAGUUUGAGAACGACACCAGCGGGUCCGUAGCACUGCCGCUUCCGGAACUCGAGGCGUAUCUGUCUCGACGGUUUCGCGAAGAGCUUGGCGUGGAACCAGGCUCUUCCGAGUCAGACUUCUUCGCCUGCGGUAUCGAUAGUCUGCAGUGUCUGCGAAUGUGGAGCUUGAUCAAGAAGGAAAUUGAUUUGGGAGGCAAGCAAGCCGAAGUGGGACAGAACCUGCUGUAUGAGACUGGAAACAUUGCUGCGCUUGCUCGCUACCUGCAUGGGCUGCGUACAGGCGAGACGGAAGAUGCACAAGGCCACGAACAGAUCAUGAACGAUCUGAUCACAAAGUACUCGAAGUUUAUACCUACCAAGCGGUCAAACUAUGGGAGACGUCAGGUUGUUUUGACCGGAGCUACCGGAGGACUGGGUGCUCAUUUGCUCGCGCAACUGGUGGGGAGCGACGAUGUUAACAAAGUGUAUGCUCUUGUUCGAGCGUCCUCUGAUUUCGUUGCACUAAAGCGAACAUUGGAAAGCUUAUCUGUGCGAGGCCUCAGUCCCACACAAGAGCAGCUCGAGAAGGUCGUCGCCCUUCCAGCUGAUCUCAGUAAAUCAGACUUUGGCCUAGGGGAAGAGAGAUUUGCGAGGCUUUCUCGGAAUGUCGACCUGAUAAUCCAUAGCGCCUGGGCGGUAAAUUUCAACAUCUCCGUGCAGAGCUUCGAAAAAGAGCACAUAGCCGCUGUGCAAAACCUCAUAAACCUUUGCCAGGAAGACCCAUACAGAGGAAGGCCUAGUAGCUUCUUCUUUUGCUCAUCUGUCUCCUCCGCUGCUGCAACACCACGACCAGGAACAGUGCCAGAAGGCCCUGUCACGGAUAUCUCGCACGUCCAGAAAACAGGCUACGCGCGCUCGAAAUAUGUUGCGGAGCACAUCGUUCUCAACGCCGCGAGACGGGUCGGUGCCGACGCCAGAGUGCUACGGGUAGGCCAACUCGUCGGCGACUCCAAAGUCGGGCAGUGGAAUACCACUGAAGGCAUACCGCUCAUGAUUCAGACCGCUGUCACACUGGGAGCGCUUCCGGCUCUCGACGAAGAGAUGUCCUGGUUGCCUGUGGAUCAUGCCGCCCGCAUCAUCCUUGAUUGUUGCGACGUCCCUAGCGAAGACUCGGAAUCUGAUUUCGACGCCGGCUCAUACAGGGGUGGUGCUGGUUUCGACCUUCACCCACUCGAGGAGCUCGAAAACAACCCUACCUCACCCGUGUAUUCACCCGUAGGUCCGGACUACACUCCUCGUAGUCGCCGACGCCCCAGACGCCCUAGCUUCGUCGAGGUUCCUCCACCUGACCUCGUCUACCACGUUCUCAACCCCACCCGCUUCCACUGGACGCGCGACAUGCUUCCUGCUCUUGCUGCUGCUGGUUUCAAAUUCGAAACCCUGCCUACAGACCAGUGGAUGGAGAGGCUGCGCAACUCGGAGCAGGAUCCCAAGAAGAAUCCUCCCAUCAAGCUGCUCGAUUGGUUCGAGAGCAAGUACGGGCAUGGCUCGAGUACGAAGAACAAAGGCGUUUUGGUAUAUGAAACGGAAAAGACGAGCGCGAAGAGCGAGAGCAUGAGGGCCAUUCCAAGUGUGACGGAUGUGGAGUAUGUAAGGAAGGUCAUUGACAGAUUGCAGGAGGAGUGGAGAGCAUAA